GAGAAUUCGAUCCACAAACCGGAGCAAACCACUUCCAGCGAGUCUGCCGUACCCGGAUCGUCGAUAAUGCGAUAAAAUUUCGCCCACCGUAAGAAAGUGGAUCUACAAGAGCACCCAGCCCCGAUGGAGAUUCCGCCGUCGUUCAGCAUAGAGGACUUCAACCUGUACUACCAGCACGCGUACAAUCCGUACUCGGAGUACGACAAGAAUGCCUUCUACGCGAACCAAAUGUCAGCCGCCGGUGGGCCAGGUGUUGCGAGAAACUCCUUCCAAAAGCAUCCCAAGGGCGUCAGUAGCAGCACCAAGCACCCGCCGCAGCAGCAUCCUGUACCGCCACCGCCGCACCAGCAACAGCAUCAACACCACAGUCACCAGCACCAGCAUCACCAUCCGUCCGGUCAGGGGCGCAGUGGGACGAAAGAGAAAAAGAAUGCACCUGCCCUACCCAAUAACCCAAACCAACCACAACAACAACAGCUGCAGCAGCAGCAGCAGCCACAGGAGCACCACCACCACCACCACCAACAGCCAGACACGAAGCAGCAUCCGCAUCCGUUUACCGUGCCCGAACGGCAGCAACCUCCGCCAGCAGCAACACCACUACAGGCUGAAGGCAAAGUGACGAUCAAGUCACUGAUCCGCGCGAAGCACACCCUCCAGCAGCGCAUUAAGCGCCAGAACGAGACGCCGGAACAGAAGGCGCUCCGGAGGCAGCGGAACGCCGAGCUUAACCGAAGGCGCCGCCAAAACAAGGAGGACAUACGGGUAACGAUCGAGAAGGCGAAGAACCGGUUGCGGCAGCGGAUAAAGCGCGAAAUCGAUCGGAUGCUGCGGACACGCCAGAAGCGUGACGACUUUCUGCGCGAAACGUUCGAGCAGAUGGCGGCCGUGUUCUCCGACACCGUCAUGCUACUGUACCAGGAUCGUGUGGCGAACGUCAUCCGGGACAUUUCCAACAUAGAGUUUCCGAAGUCAGAAACCGGCGGCAGCACCUAAAACCGAUGCACCGGUGUACAGCAAGUGUUGAGCACUGUUCCGGGACGGCCCCGAAAGCGGACACCGAGAAUGGCAGAUAGUGCGCAGAUGAGUGAACAAAUCAGUAGCACAGGCUUAGUGUGUAAGAACUUGUCAAGGGAACCGCAGCGUACUAU